AUGGUCAACCCCACCAUGUUCUUCGACAUCACUGUCGAUGGCGAGCCCUUGGGCUGCGUCUCUUUUGAGCUGUUUGCAGACAAAGUUCCAAAGACAGCAGAAAACUUUCCUGCUCUGAGCACUGGGGAGAAAGGAUUUGGUUAUAAAGGUUCCUGCUUUCACAGAAUAAUUCCGGGAUUUAUGUGCCAGGGUGGUGACUUCACACGCCAUAAUGGUACUGGUGGCAAGUCCAUCUAUGGCGAGAAAUUUGAUAAUGAGAAUUUCAUCCUGAAGCAUACAGGUCCUGGCAUCUUGUCCAUGGCAAAUGCUGGCCCCAACACAAACGGUUCCCAGUUUUUCAUCUGCACUGCCAAGACUGGGUGA